ACUGAAUUUCCUGACAAGGACAAGCAAUGUAGUGGACCUGAAAGAUGUCCAUGCUAAGCUUGGUGAUAAUAGAUAUGAAUGCAUCAAACAUGCCGUAGGUGUAGAGGGCAUAACGGCUGCUACACUGAGAGAUGCUGUGACGGAUAACUUCAUAUGCACUGGUGGUUGGGAACCUUUCAGAGAUCAUAUUGCAUGUACCGGUGACUCUGGAGGUGCUGUGUAUAAAAACUUUCAACAACGCACAAUACAGGUCGCAUUGGUCAGCUGGGGAAGCCAGCAAGUGUGCACAGCCGGUGGUGUUAAAGAAUCAACGGCAACCUCCAGAGACUUUCACAUUAAUCUCUUCAGAGUUAUCCCUUUCCUCAAGGGUGUACUUGGAAGACAAGAUAUGGACUAUGCACCACUUGUGUUUUUGGAAAAUUAAACUCUUUGACAUGCUGCAAA